AUGUAUACAAUUUUGUCUCAAGAUCGUUCAUCUAAUAAACGAAAAAUCGAUGAUGAGUUUGAUACAGCAAAGAAUUACAAUCAUGUUCGACGAAAGAAGAAAAGUAACAUUUUGAUGAUGCGACAUCCACUUGGCAUCAAACCUUGGGGAAACUACUACUUUGACUCAAAAGAUCAAUUCAAAGGAGAUCGUAGAGGUUCUAGUUUAGGAAAUAUAGCAAUCUUAACAGAUGAUUUAAUUCUAGAGAUCUUAGGAGUCUUAGAUGCUAAGGAUCUAUUAUCUUUGGGUUUAACGAGUAGGGUUUUUUAUUGCUUCUCGACAUUUGACGAUUUAUGGAAGCAACUUACUAUACAAAAUUAUAAGGGAGAUUGGUGUUGGCAAGGAAGCUGGAGAAAAACCUUUUUAAAAAGAUCUUGCAGUGAAUAUAAUUUAGAUAUAUUUCUGAAACCUGCAAUACAUUUAACUGAUUUCUAUAGUGAUACUUUAUUUCAACCUUUUUUAUGUAGUUCUACGGGGAUGAAUUCGUACUUGGGAGUUGAAAAUAUAGAUCGACGAUCGAAUUUAGAGUUAAAUGAGUUUAUUAGAAAGUAUGCUAUACCUAAUAAACCUGUUAUUAUAACAGAUGUUGUAACAAAGUGGCCAGCAUUUGAAAAAUGGAAUAUGGAGUAUCUUGUAGAAAAAUAUGGAGAUGUUACAUUUCGUGCCGAAGCUAUUGAUAUUAAAUUAAGGAAUUAUGCUAAGUACUGUAAAAAUACAAUGGACGAAAGUCCUUUAUAUUUGUUUGACAAAGAAUUUAGUGAUAAAUGUGAUGGAAUAAUUGAUGACUUUAGUUUACCAGAGUAUUUUGAAGAAGAUUUUUUUAAUAUAUUUGGAGUGAAUAGGCCCGAUUAUAGGUGGCUAAUCAUUGGACCAGCACGUUCAGGUUCUACGUUUCAUAAAGAUCCAAAUUCUACAUCUGCUUGGAAUGCUGUUAUAACAGGUUCCAAGAAAUGGAUAUUGUAUCCACCUGAUGUUUUACCUCCAGGAGUUUUUACUAGCGCUGAUGAAGCUGAAGUAACAUCACCGGUAUCAAUAAUGGAAUGGCACUUGAAUUUCUAUAACGAAACACAAAAAUCAAAAUUACGUCCGUUAGAAGUAAUUUGUAAAGCGGGAGAGAUCAUUUUUGUACCGAAUGGAUGGUGGCACAUGGUCAUUAAUCUUGAGGAUUCUAUUGCUAUAACACAAAAUUUUGUUGGGACCUGGAACUUAAGAAACGUACUUUCGUUUCUUCGUGAUAAACCAUAUCAAAUAUCUGGUUUUUCUAAUUUAGUAUGGCCUAAUUAUGAAGAUAUUCAUAACGAUUUUUAUGAAAAAUUUAAGAAACUUUAUCCGAGAAUUUUGAAUAAAUUGGAGUCGGAUGAUUAUGAAAAGAAAGAUGACAAGAGAUCAUCAUCAUUAUGGGAUCAAUUGAAAAAAUCCGACAAUAAAGAAGAAAAUGAAAAGAAAGGUUUUACUUUUGGAUUUUUGGACGAAGAAUAA